AGGCGCCGCUCGCCGGCGAGGCCGCCGACCAUGCCUAGGAGGGCCGGGAGCGGGCAGCUGCCGCUACCCCGGGGCUGGGAGGAGGCCAGGGACUACGACGGCAAGGUCUUCUACAUCGACCACAACACCAGGAGGACCAGCUGGAUCGACCCCCGGGACAGGUUAACGAAGCCCUUGUCAUUUGCUGAUUGUGUUGGGGAUGAGCUGCCGUGGGGCUGGGAAGCAGGGUUUGACCCACAGAUUGGCGUCUACUACAUCGAUCAUGUCAACAAAACCACACAGAUUGAAGAUCCGCGAAAACAGUGGAGGGGGGAGCAGGAGAAGAUGCUCAAGGACUAUCUCUCAGUGGCUCAGGAUGCUCUCAGGACGCAGAAGGAGCUGUACCACGUGAAAGAGCAAAGACUCGCUUUGGCCCUCGAUGAAUACGUACGAUUAAAUGAUGCCUACAAGGAGAAGUCAAGUUCUCACACAAGCUUAUUCUCAGGAUCUUCAUCCAGUACUAAAUAUGAUCCCGAUAUUUUAAAAGCGGAGAUCUCCACUACACGAUUAAGGGUUAAAAAGCUGAAGAGAGAGCUCUCACAGAUGAAGCAAGAAUUGCUGUAUAAAGAACAAGGCUUUGAAACAUUGCAACAAAUAGAUAAAAAAAUGUCUGGAGGCCAGAGUGGCUAUGAACUUAGUGAAGCCAAAGCCAUUCUAACUGAACUGAAAUCGAUCAGAAAGGCUAUUAGCUCAGGAGAAAAAGAAAAGCAAGAUCUGAUGCAGAGUCUUGCUAAGCUGCAGGAGCGGUUCCAUUUGGAUCAGAGCAUUGGCACAUCCGAGCCAGACUUGAGAUCCAGUCCUGUGAACUCCCGUUUAUCUCUGUCCAGACAGACCCUUGACGCUGGGUCACAGACAAGCAUUUCUGGAGAUAUCGGAGUGAGAAGUAGAUCAAAUUUAGCUGAAAAGGUCAGGCUGAGCCUACAGUAUGAAGAAGCCAAAAGAAGUAUGGCCAACUUAAAAAUUGAACUGUCGAAACUGGACAGCGAGACGUGGCCUGGGGCUCUGGAUAUCGAGAAGGAGAAGCUGAUGCUGAUCCACGAGAAGGAAGAGCUUCUGAAAGAGCUUCAGUUCGUCACCCCGCAGAAACGCACUCGAGACGAACUGGAGCGCCUGGAAGGCGAGAGGCGGCGGCUGGAGGACGAGCUGCUGUCCGCGAGGGGUCCGCCGAGCCGAGCCCUGGCCGAGAGAUUGAAAUUGGAAGAGCGAAGGAAAGAGCUCCUACAGAAACUUGAAGAAACUACUAAAUUAACUACUUAUUUGCAUUCACAACUUAAAAGCCUCUCGGCCAGCACCCUGUCCAUGUCGUCCGGGAGCAGCCUGGGCUCCCUGGCCUCCAGCCGGGGGUCUCUGAACACUUCCAGCAGAGGCUCGCUCAGCUCCCUCAGUUCCGGAGAGCUCUGUUACACCAGUCAGAGCGACCAGGUGGACACGGAUUAUCAGUGCAAACUGGACCUCCUUCUGCAGGAGAAAGGCGGCUACAUUCCUUCUGGACCCAUCACCACCAUCCACGAAAAUGAAGUGGUCAAGUCCCCCAGGCAGCCCGGCCAGAGCGGUCCCUGCGGGGCGGCGGCUGCAGCCCCAGGCCACACCCCGCCACGGACUGAGGCCCCCAAGUCCGUGGCAUCCCUGUCCUCCCGGUCCUCCCUCUCCUCCCCGUCUCCCCCCGGCUCCCCCUUGGCUCUGGAAGGCGCGUUCCCCACGUCUGCUCACGAUGCCCCUCUCCAUCGGUUCACUGCUGACUUUGAAGACUGUGAAUUGAGUAGCCAUUUUGCAGACAUCGGCCUCGGCGAGAGUCAGAUCUUGCUGGAUUCUCAUUCAGGAGGCGUGUGCCAGUCCCUGUCAGAGGACAAAGACCUCCACGAAUGUGCCCGGGAGCCGUUGUAUGAAGGAGCUGCAGAUAUGGAAAAGUCAUUACCAAAAAGAAGAGUAAUCCACCUGCUCGGGGAGAAGACGGCCUGCGUGUCGGCUGCUGUGUCCGAUGAGUCUGUGGCUGGAGACAGCGGGGUCUACGAAGCUUUCGUGAAACAGCCUAGUGAAGUUGAAGAUGUUCCCUACAGCGAAGGGGAUGUCACCAUCGUGGAGACAGCCCAGGUGCAGGUCGGCCUCAGAUACGAUGCAAAAAGGUCAAGUUUCAUGGUGAUUUUAGCACAACUUCGAAAUCUUCAUGCCUUCUUGAUACCUCAUACUUCAAAAGUAUACUUUAGGGUUGCUCUGCUUCCCUCCUCGAUGGAUGUCAGCUGUCUGUUUCGAACAAGAGUCCAUCCAGCCACAGAAUCCAUCUUAUUCAAUGAUAUGUUCCGAGUGGCCAUUUCCCAAACAGCCUUACAGCAGAAGACACUGAGAGUAGAUCUUUGCUCUGUUAGUAAACACCGAAGUGAAGAAUGCCUGGCUGGAACUCAGAUCAGUCUGGCUGAUUUACCAUUUUCCAACGAGAUUUUCACUCUGUGGUAUAACCUGCUUCCUUCCAAGCAAAUGUCUUGUAAAAAGAAUGAUGAAGAAAAUGAGGACUCUGUAUUUCAACCAAAUCAGCCAUUAAUAGAUUCUAUAGACUUGGAUGCAGUGUCAGCCUUACUUGCAAGAACAUCAGCCGAGCUGUUGGCUGUGGAACAGGAAUUAGCACAAGAAGAAGAAGAAGAAGAAGAAGAAGAAGAAGAAGAAGAAGAAGAACCCAGGCAGGAAGAAGAGCAAAGAGGUCCAGAUGGAGAUUGGUUGACCAUGCUGCGAGAGGCCUCUGAUGAAAUUGCGUCUGAAGAAGAGGCCCACGUGAAGUUGCCAGAGGGCAGUAGCUGUCCAGGAGACUUGUGCUCGUGCCCGAGCGCACCCGAGGCGGAGGAGGACGCGGGCAGGAGAGGCGAGCGUGGCUGUGAUGACCGCGGGCGCCAGCCACCUGCCGGACCGUGCACCCUGGUCGAUAAAGAGACAAACACGGAGGAGGCCGGUGAUGCCGGCGUGGCGGUCCGCCCCAAAGACCGCAGCUGCCUGAGCGCCCGGCAGCGGCCCUUCGUGCGGAGCAGCGUGAUCGUACGCUCGCAGACCUUCUCCCCGGGGGAGCGCAACCAGUACAUCUGCCGGUUGAAUCGAAGUGACAGUGACAGUUCAACCUUGGCUAAAAAAUCACUGUUUGUGAGAAACUCCACUGAACGGCGCAGUUUGAGGGUCAAAAGGACGGUUUGCCAGCCAGUCCUGAGAAGAACAGCACAAGAACGCCCAGUGCGCACAUCUCUAGACCUAGAACUGGACCUUCAGGCAUCUCUAACCCGGCAGAGCCGCCUCAAUGAUGAGCUGCAGGCCCUCAGGGGCUUGAGGCAAAAGCUGGAGGAGCUGAAAGCUCAGGGAGAGACUGACCUUCCGCUGGGUGUGCUGGAAGAUGAGAGAUUCCAGAAGCUCCUGAAACAAGCUGAGAAACAGGCUGAACAGUCAAAAGAAGAGCAGAAGCAAGGUUUGAAUGCGGAGAAACUGAUGCGACAGGUCUCCAAGGACGUGUGCCGGCUCCGGGAGCAGAGCCGCAAGGUGCCUCGGCAGGUGCAGUCCUUCAGGGAGAAGAUUGCCUACUUCACCAGAGCGAAGAUAAGCAUCCCGUCCCUGCCAGCUGAUGAUGUGUGAUUACACCCCCUAAAGAAAUUAUUCUGUCACCUGUUCACUUCUUGGGGAGGGUACAAGACUGAACUUUGGUUUGGCUUGGUUUGGUUUUGGGGAGGGGGGUUCUUUUUGUAACGUAACUGUCAAACUCUUAAAGAGCUUUUGUUUCACAUCAGAUUUUCAACGUGUUAAUUUGUAAAGUACCUUGAAUGUAAUUCUUGAAUGUUUAAAAAAAGAAAAAAUCAGAUAACCCAAAUGGAAUAAUCUGGUACACAAAUGCUGUCCACUACAUACGAAUUGCCAGGAGGCUGUGUUUUGUACAAAUGGAAUUGGGGCAGCACCCGGUGUAUGUCCUGUUGAACCAACUGUUGAGAAAUAACUCGGUUCAGCAGACGGCGAUCUUGGCUUUUCCUUCUUUGUCUCACGGGCAGACUGUGAGGAUGGCAACGGGCCAACGUGGUAUCUUCGUACCCGGGGGCGGCUCUUGGCGUUUGAAGGCAAAUGUGAGUCCAGCCCUGAGUCCACCCGCAACAGAUGCUGCGCUCACCCUGUGACCUGUGUUGGAGCACUUGCUUCCUUAAAACAAGUUCCUUUUUGUCCUUUUCUUUUAGUCUAAAAACCAGAUGCUGAGUGAGAAUCUCAGAGCACGGAGGAGCAGUGCUCCCGGCUAUAGUGGAGACCUUGUGAUUUGUCACAUUAAGGGGGUGGGGAGAGAGGAGAAAGCCAGGUACCCUAACCACACCCAAGUCAGCCCCUCAGCGAGCACGGCCGGAACUUGCAGACGGGUCCCGGGGAGGUUCUGUCCGAGGUCUGAGCGUGGUGCCCGGGACGAGCCUGGGGCCGCCGGCCGUCUGGGGACAGACAGCGCCAGCCUCGUGGAGGGAAACGCGUGCGCACUCCUUUGGGGAGACAGGAAUCUCGAUUGGAUCAAAGUGGCCACAAAAAAAAUUUUUUUAAAAACUUUAUUAAACAGAUUUCUCACAUUCACUAGAAAUUAUUUUGCAGCUCCCACGUUUAGGGGCUUCCCCUCUGUGGUCUGUGGUAAGGAGGCCAAGAGAAGGGUGUGCCUGGGGAGAUUAUCAAUUUGAAGUAUGGGCCAAGGCAUUUGUCUCAGAAAACAAUUCUAGACGAACUAAAUGAAGAGAGAGGAACGGACUCAAGUGUCCUCCCCGUCCCCAGCCAGGCACGGCCUAAAAGAAAGAAAUCUGCCGCAUAGCUCUGCCAGCAAAAAGGUUUUUCAAAUAAAGAGUAUUUAUGCAAUUUAAAUCCUACUUAUCAUUCAGUCACUUAUAGUGGAAGAGGCGAUUUUCGGUUAGCCAUCUUCUGUAACGAAAUCAUUUUUUUUUUUUUUUUAGAAAUGCAAAAAUCACUUUAAAGAAAAAACCCCUUUAAAAAAAAAAAAAAAAAAAAAAAGGUUAGGUUCUAUUUCUAAGAUAGAAUCCCCAGCAAGAAUUUUUAGUUUCUUGAAAGUAAUUAUCCCUAUUUUGCAAAGUUCAUUUUAUCAGCAUCAAAAUUCAAAUUAAGCAGUUUCUGAGCCUGGAACUUUAAUUAUUUUUUCCUCAGUUGUCCCACCACUUAUAUCUAAAUGUCUCUGAAGCUAUAGCCGGAUGUGACACGACUUCGAACAAAACCCAGCCUUGUGAAUUGACUGCACACAGUCCUUCAGGGCCGCGCGGUUCAUUCUGUCAGAUGACUAAGGAGAACUAGAAAGACAGUACCAUUCAUCCUUGUCAAGGUCAAAUGUGAAAGAGGUUUAUUUAAUGUAGAGCUAAGUGAAGGUCAGCUGUUUGCAGCUUCUUAGUUUGACCGUGAAAAUGUUUAUAGAAUUAUGUGUAGUUGUGCCGUACGAUUUUAUUUUCUUCAUUUAUUUAUUUACGGUCUUAUUUAUGUUCUGUUUAAUAUAUAGUUCGGUUCUGGCCAUUUUAAAUGUUUGACAUAGAAGAGGUUAUAUUGGAAUAUCUACACCUUUAUAAAUCUUCAUCAGAUUCGCUGUUAACUUUUUGUAAUACAAAAAGUUUCAGACAAGUAUAAAAGAAUAAAAUCUGUCUCAGGCUGGUAGUUAACAGUUGUGACCAAGACACUUUGGGUUUUAUGUUACAAAAUUUGCUCAUUUCUAACAUGAGAAACAAACUUAUUUUAAUAUAAUCCUUCUCCACACUUUAAAAAUCAGCAAUAGUGUUAUGUAUUUAUAGGCAGCUUUUAACAAUUCUGUCAUAUUUGUACUAACCCAAAUGAUUCACAGUGACAAAACAUUUUAAUAACUUGAUCACAAAACCAUAUGAACAAUACGAAUUUUAAUAUUAUAAAUACUAUUUUUUAAAGGUAGAAUUUAUUCUGCACAGGGUAAAAAGAAUGUAAUAUUUAGUUCUCAAGUUUGAAUUAUCAGUAUGUUAUUAUAAUUUUGUAUAUCAGAAUCUAAGUUACAGGUACAAAAAAAAAUAUUGCUAGCCAAAUGAACAAAGUUUAGCUGAAUCUCUGUAGCCGGCAAAUCAAAUUUAAAAUCUUUUUUUUUUUUGCUAUUACUUUAUCUAUAUUGUAUUAAAUAUCAAAAGCUCAGGACUGAACUAAAUAUUUAAUCAGGUUAAAUUCUGAAUAUGUUUCUGUUUUAAUUGUCUCGUCUGUAAAAGUAUGCAAAUACAUCAC